AUGUACAGCCCUGGUUUUUGUCACAACCACUCCUCCUGUGCCAGCUCUGGGAGAAGCUGCUGGUUCCCUCGUGGGUCAGCAGCUGCUGCCUUUGCCCAGGUGUUUCUGAAGGAGAAGGCCAGGCAGCUGCUGGAGAGACGAUGGCUCCAGAGGCAGAGCUGGGCUGUUGUCACUCUGCAGAGGAAAUUCCGCCGCCUCCUGCACCGCCGGCGCCUCCGUGUCCUCCAGGAGAAAGUCACGGUCAUCCAGGCUCACUUCCGAGGGUACCAGGCAAGGAAGCGUUACAAGAGGCUGAAGAAGACUUUGAUGCAGUUUAAAACCAUGAUUUUAAUCUCCAGACCUUUGGUUCGGAGGAGGAAGCGCUGCCAGGUAACAGCAGUCCUGUCAGAGCAAGGUGUACAGGAGGGGCUAUUCCUGCCCUAG